UUCCUUGCUGAAGCAAAGUUCGUCACCGGUCGUUACUCUCGGCCAUGUGAUGGCUUCAGCAAAGAAGGCUGCUGCUCGACGCAUUUGCUCGCCGACGUUGAGGAAGGAAGUCAGCCAUUUCGAUCUGAUUCCUCUAUGCCGUUCAAAUUCAAAUAUCUCUCCAGUUCAUUUGGAAAGGAAACAGUAUGUGCCGCUAAUUCCGCCAUGUGUGCUGGACGACUUUACUGAGGGAUCACGUUCGCGUGUUGUGUACCAGCCUUCUUACUCUGUGGGCCAGACACCAGCGCAAGAAUUGAGCCCGCAGAAGGAAACGGGUUCGCAGUGUUUUCUGGCGUCAGCCACUCUCUGCUGGGCCAGCCGUAAUCCUGGCCUUCAUUUACUCCGUCAGAAAGUUUUUAGUACGCCAAAACCUGGGAACCCUGUUCUCUCGCCAUUCUAUCACCAGCCGCCAUUUCCUGUUCUCAAAACGUACGCCGACGUCCUCAAGUCGGCCAUCAACUCUAGUGACAUGGCUAAGGAGGAAACUGAUCCUGAGGGCUGGAGAGUGAUGGAUCGCCGACGCCAGCAGGUACGUGGUCGUUCCUCGGGUCUUGACAGUUGGUCGUCCCGUGGUCGGGAAAACUGGGAAGUUCGAGGGCGUGGUUCAUGGCGUCGCCGCGGCAACCGGUUUCACACGUAUGGUGGGUCGUUCGGCUCUGAUGCCAGGGUGAUUGUAGCUCACAGUAGUGGUAUGCAGACCGAGCCGGCUUGUAAACAGGUUGCAGACGUUACAUCCGGCGUUGCUGACAAGGGGAAGAAACGACGGGAUGAACUUUGUUGUGAAAUUUGCGAAGACAAUCAUGUCCCCGAGGAGUGCCCGGUGUUUAACGGACCGAAGCCGCAGGCAGCUCUAUGUGGUUUUGCAGGUGGUGAGUCUGGUUUCUUCCAGAUUCAUACUUGGGGGUGCAAAGGGUGUUAUUCCAAGGUCGGAUGGUGUAACUGCAUUCAUAACCGUGAAGGAAGGGUUGAGCUUCAACGCAUGAUAGCUAUGAAGUAUGUUCAUACACUGGGUGGAGAAGGUAUUUUAGUUAUUCAGGAGGUUAACCAAAAAAUAGAACCAAUUUCUUAUCUGCAGAAAGCUUGGGUGAAUGUUUAUGGGGUUCCUUUUGAGAUCCGCUCCUUUCUUCCUUUGUGGGCAGUAGGAUCUAUUUUGGGUGCAACACAGAAAGUGGAUAUGCGAUACACUCGGAAAAUGGGGGUGGUCCGUAUUUUGGUGGCAGUGACGGAUGUGAAUCAUAUUCCGGAGUCUGCAGAAAUAAUAGUUGGUGAAGGGCUUUACGAGAUCUUCUUCAAAGUUGAUAAGGUUCUCAAAGAUGGGAGAUGGAUUGACAAGGAUAACAUGGAUUAUCGGGACGGAGAUGAUAAGGAACAAGGAGAGAAUGAAGAUUAUUCUGAAAAGCAUGGAAAUGAUUCUUUUCCAAUGGAGGAGGUAGCAGAAGACACGGUCAUGCGGGAUAAUUCCUUACAGAGUGAUCAUAAUAAGCCAAACGAUGGAGCUUUAGUCAUGGGGAUGGUGGUUCUGCAAGGGAAUCAGAACAAUUAUGGCUCAACGAUAGGAACAGGUGUUGAGUCUGAAGAUUCGACUUUCAAUGAGCCGACAACUUUGAUGCCAACUUCCUCCUCUUGUUCUGCUCAGUAUGCUCUGCUAGUACCUAAGUCUGCCGAAGCACUCGUUCUGGAACCAAAAAUUGGCCUUACCGAUCUCUCACCUGGUGAUCUUGAUCAGACACCAGAAAAUGUUGGCGAGGAUGCGAAUCUUAGCAGCCUUUACGAUCUGGUUCCAAGCUGUUCGAUACUUGCUGGUAUGACGGAUGGUGCUGGCGGGCUGAAUUUGGCUGAUGACAGUUUGCAGACCCAGGCUGCAUCAAAGCCACUUAGUGGUGGUGGUGCUGGUUUGGCUUUAAUUGAUGCCAGUAAUAAUUCCCAGGUGGACAACGAGUUGAUCGACGAACUAAUUAUGUCUACUGAUACACAGGAGAGAGCCAUUCACCUGGGAGAUGUUAAUUCCUUUGCUGAGGUACCUCGCUCUGUCCUCCAGGAAGCAAUUAUGUCUAAUUCUCUUGCUAAGAGGGUAAAGACCGAAAAGCUUAGUCAAGGGGAUUCCAGAAUAAGCGUCAAGAGGACUAAUACGGAUGAAGAUAUAUUGACAAAAGCACAGCGCUUGGGAGCAAAACGUAAUCUGGAAACCAGUCAUUUUCAGAGGUACUCAUUGGUUAAGGUUCUGGAGACUUCUACAGAAGAAGGAAACACAUCAACAAAUUCUUGAUGUGUGUCAAGCCUUGGAAGUGGUGGCGAUGGAAGUCUUUGCGAAUCAUGGAUGGCGAUCAAAUGCAAGACUUGAGUGUGGCUAGUGUUAUACAUAGUCACGAUAUUUAGUUCUAUCAAGUUAGCUUUAUUAUUCAAGCACAUGUUCAUUGAGUUAAUAAUUGACGUGUAAUGGCUGUACACAUUUGAUGCAAAAGCCGGAACUCUUUGUUUCCAAAAAAAAAGCUAAGUGGCCAGUAGCUCCAAUAAAAUGUUGUAGAGGAGGCUGAAUC